GCAAGAGGGGAGGGCGGGGUUACUAAAACAACAAGGAACUUCCUAGUUAGCCACUACAACAUCGAAGAUUCCUGCUUCCAUCGUGGCAUCAGUCACGUGAGGGUUUCUCAGAAGGUCUGACCUUCCUGUGGCGUCCAGGAUGAACGUGGGUGUGGCUCACAGCGAGGUCAACCCCAACACCCGGGUGAUGAACAGUCGGGGGAUCUGGCUCACUUACCUGCUGCUGACCGUUGCACUACACGUGGUCCUCCUCAGCAUCCCGUUCUUCACAGUGCCGCUGGUCUGGACCCUCACCAACGUCAUCCACAACCUGGUGAUGUACGUGUUCCUCCACACGGUGAAGGGAACUCCCUUUGAGACCCCAGACCAGGGCAAGGCUCGACUCCUGACACACUGGGAACAGAUGGACUACGGCGUCCAGUUCACUGCCUCCCGGAAGUUCCUCACCAUUUCUCCAAUCGUCCUGUACAUUCUGGCAAGUUUCUAUACCAAAUAUGACGCCACACACUUCUUCAUCAACACGGGCUCCCUGCUGAGCGUCCUCCUCCCCAAACUGCCACUGUUCCAUGGCGUACGAGUGUUUGGCAUCAACAAGUACUGACGCACUGGACCAAAGAUUCAACACUGGACUGAAGCACCAGAACUGUCGCUGGCUUCCCUUUUCCUCAGCUGUGCAGUGCUGAGCGGGACGUUGCUGCCGCAAGCUAGCUGGUGGUUAGUGAGCUGCGAGUGUGGGGGAAUGUCACUUUGCUGCUCCAUCCUGCGCUGUGUCGUUUUUGGGACCGUUUUUAUUGGGUCAUUCCUGUCAUGUGACUUGAUAUUUAACUGAUUGGAGAAUAAAGUAAGUGCAGA